GAGAGAAACCCUAUGAAUGUAACCAAUGUGGGAAAGCCUUUGCAAGUCACAGUAGUCUCAAAAUACAUAAAAGAACACAUACUGGAGAGAAACCCUAUGAAUGUAAUCAAUGUGGUAAAGCCUUUGCAUAUCGCUGUACUCUCCAAAAACAUAAAAGAUUGCAUACUGGAGACAAACCGUAUGAAUGUAGUCAAUGUGGUAAAGCCUUUGCCCAAAUCAAUAAUCUUGAAAUGCAUAAAAGAACACAUACUGGAGAGAAACCCUAUGAAUGUAAUCAAUGUGGUAAAGCCUUUGCAUAUCACAGUUAUCUACAAAUCCAUAAAAGAACACAUACUGGAGAGAAACCCUAUGAAUGUACUCAAUGUGGUAAAGCCUUUGCAUUUUACAGUAAUUUUCAAAUCCAUAAAAGAAGACAUACUGGAGAAAAACCCUAUGAAUGUAAUCAAUGUGGUAAAGCCUUUGCUGAACAGAGUCUUCUUCAAAUGCAUAAAAGAACACAUACUGGAGAGAAACCCUAUGAAUGUAACCAAUGUGGUAAAGCCUUUGUAAGUCAUGGUCAUCUCCAAAGACAUAAAAGAACACAUACUGGAGAGAAACCCUAUGAAUGUAGUCAAUGUGGUAAAGCCUUUGCAAGUCAUGGUCAUCUCCAAGCACAUAAAAGAACGCAUACUGGAGAGAAACCAUAUGAAUGUAAUCAGUGUGGUAAUGCCUUUGCAUUUUACAGUAAUCUCCGUAUACAUAAAAGAAGACAUACUGGAGAGAAACCCUAUGAAUGUACUCAAUGUGGUAAAGCCUUUGCUGAACAAAGUCCUCUUCAAAUGCAUAAAAGAACACAUACUGGAGAGAAGCCCUUUGAAUGUCCUCAAUGUGGUAAAGCCUUUUCACAACUCACUAAUCUUCAAAUGCAUAAAAGAACACAUACUGGAGAGAAACCCUAUGAAUGUAAUCAAUGUGGUAAAGCCUUUUCACAACACAGUCAUCUUCAAAUGCAUGAGAGAACACAUACUGGAGAGAAACCCUAUGAAUGUAACCAAUGUGGUAAAGCCUUUGCACAUCAGAGUACUCUCCAAAAACAUAAAAGAUUACAUACUGGAGAGAAACACUAUGGAUGUAAUCAAUGUGGUAAAGACUUUUCACAACUCAAUAAUCUUCAUGCACGUACAAGAACACAUACUGUAG